AAAAAUUUUAUAUAUUUUUGUGAUAGUCUCCUUUUUGUAGAGAUAUUAUUUUUAUUUUGUAGAGUUAACAAAGAUUUUUAAAAUGACUGUUACUCCAGGAUUCACUAAUAUGUUUAAAGGAACUUUACCCCAAUUAUCGGCUGUACUAGCAGGUACUCUAUGUGCUUUAAGCGAUGGAAUGCAUUAUGGUUGGACUGCACCUGUGAUCCCAAUACUAAUGAGUCCUGACUCUCCAGUACCUAUCACAAAACAUCAAGGCGAAUGGUUGGAAAAUAUCUAUGUAAUUGGAGCAGCAAUUGGACUUUGGCCAACAAUGCUUUUAGUAGAUAAAAUAGGGCGAAAAAAAUCAAUUUUAUUAGCGUGCUUUUUAUCUGUUUUAGUUUGGAUUACAAUUGCUCUGGCGCCAAGCGUGGAAUAUAUGCUUGUGGCAAGAGCAUUCGCUGGAGCAGCAGGAAAUAUGGCUUUCGUAGCAACUCCAAUGUACAUUGCUGAAAUAGCUGAUCAAAAAAUAAGAGGAUUUUUAAGUAGUUUAAUUUAUCUUAUGAUGCUUUGUGGAAUUCUUUUAAUCUAUUGUAUUGCCCCAUUUUUUCCAAUCUACGUACCUUGUUUUUUGGGAGCAGUGUUAGUCUUUAUAGAACUUAUAUGGUUUUCGUUUGUGCCGGAUAGUCCUUAUUAUUUAAUAAUUAAAAAUCAAACAGAAUCUGCUCGAAAUGCUCUAAGGAGACUAAGACAAAAUGAAUCUGGCAUAGAGGAAGAGCUCAAACAAAUUAAAUUAGCUGUGGAUCGACAAAGAACUGAACGAGCACGAUUUUUAGAUUUGUUUGUUAUACCAAGCAAUAGAAAAGCAUUGUUUAUAAUGGCUUAUCUUAAUUUUGCACAACAUUUUAGCAGCGUAAGCGUAUUGCUAAUGAAUAUGCACAUUAUUUUAGCGCAAGCUGGGUCCAUCUAUAUGGAUCCUCAUACAACAGCUAUAGUAUUUUCAGGAAUCAUGUUGGUAGCUGCAACAACUGGAUCUUUUUUAAUAGACAAAUUUGGAAGAAAGUUCUUACUUAUCAGUUCAGGCAUUUCAACAGCUUUUUGUUUAUUAACGAUAGCUAUAUAUUUUAAUCUUAAAAAUGACGGAUUUAAUACAAUUAAUUUCAGCUGGAUUCCCAUUGCUUGCGUCAUGAUAUAUGCUUUUACUUUUAAAUUGGGUUUAGGUAUGGUUCCCAUAGUAAUAACAGCAGAAAUAUUUCCUACUACGGUCAAGGCUUAUGGUAUGGCAUUGGCAGACGGGUCAUAUACUAUUUCAUCUUUUUUAUCCUUACAAGUAUAUCAAAGACUUACUGAGUCAUUUGGAGUUCAAUACCCAUUUUAUAUCUUUACCGUGUUCUGUUUGUCUACAGUAUUUUUUACAUACUUUGUAAUUCCUGAAACAAAAGGUAAAACAUUAGAUGAAAUACAAAUGAUAUUAAAAGGAGAAUACAAUAAAAAUAAAUCCGAAAAAAUAUAGAGAGAAAAAUAAAAAAAAUGUAUCCAUUAUUAUUUAUUAUUAUUUUUUAAAUUAUUGUUUUUUUUUUCCUUUAGGAUUAAUAUAGUAAAAAUUAAAUGUUUGAA